UCUCCACACAGCAGCUAGACAGCCUCCCCUCCACCCAAGGGAAGAGGCUGACUGAGCCAGGCUGCUUCCAGGAAGCCCCAGGCCAGGCCCCAGCAUUGUUCGGGCCUUGCAGCCAAGAGCCCAGCCAGCCAGCCACCAUGAAGUCCAGCGGCCCUGUGGAAAGGUUGCUCAGAGUCCUGGGGAGGAGGGACAGCAGCCGGGCCACCAGCAGGCCUAGGAAAGCAGAACCACACAGCUUCAGGGAGAAGGUUUUCCGGAAGAAAGCGCCAGUGUGUGCGGUGUGUAAAGUCACCAUCGACGGGACAGGUGUCUCCUGCCGAGUCUGCAAGGUGGCCACACACAGAAAAUGCGAAGCAAAGGUGACUUCAUCCUGUCAGGCCUUGCCCCCUGCGGAGCUGCGGAGAAACACUGCCCCAGUCCGGCGCAUAGAACACCUGGGGUCCACCAAGUCCCUGAACCACUCAAAGCAACGCAGCACCCUACCCAGGAGCUUCAGCCUGGAUCCGCUCAUGGAGCGUCGCUGGGACUUGGACCUCACCUAUGUGACCGAGCGGAUAUUGGCUGCGGCUUUCCCCGCACGGCCGGAUGAGCAGCGACACCGGGCCCACCUGCGCGAGCUGGCCCACGUGCUGCAGUCUAAGCACCGGGACAAGUACCUGCUCUUCAACCUUUCAGAGAAGCGACAUGACCUGACCCGCCUGAACCCUAAGGUGCAGGACUUUGGCUGGCCUGAGCUGCAUGCCCCGCCUCUGGACAAACUGUGUUCCAUCUGCAAGGCCAUGGAGACGUGGCUCAGUGCUGACCCCCAGCACGUGGUCGUGUUGUACUGCAAGGGGAGCAAGGGCAAGCUAGGGGUCAUCGUCUCUGCCUAUAUGCACUACAGCAAGAUCUCGGCAGGGGCAGACCAGGCACUGGCAACUCUCACCAUGAGAAAAUUCUGCGAGGACAAGGUGGCCACGGAACUGCAGCCCUCCCAGCGCCGCUAUGUCAGCUACUUCAGUGGGCUGCUGUCUGGCUCCAUCGGGAUGAACAGCAGCCCGCUCUUCCUGCACUAUGUGUUUGUACCCAUGCUGCCAGCCUUUGAGCCCAACACAGGCUUCCAGCCUUUCCUCAAGAUCUACCAGUCUAUGCAGCUGGUCUACACAUCUGGAGUAUAUCACAUUGCAGGCCCAGGACCCCAGCAACUUUGCAUCAGCCUAGAGCCAGCUCUCCUCCUCAAAGGCGAUGUCAUGGUAACCUGCUAUCACAAGGGUGGCCAGGGGACAGACCGAACACUUGUGUUCCGAGUUCAGUUCCACACGUGUACUAUCCAUGGGUCACGGCUUGCCUUCCCCAAGGACCAGCUGGAUGAGGCCUGGGCCGAUGAGCGGUUCCCCUUCCAAGCCUCAGUGGAGUUUGUCUUCUCCUCAAGUCCUGAGAAGAUCAAAGGCAACACCCCACGGAAUGAUCCCUCUGUCUCUGUGGAUUAUAACACAACAGAGCCUGCUGUACGCUGGGACUCCUACGAGAACUUCAACCAGCACCAUGAGGACAGUGUGGAUGGUAUGUGGGGUGGAGGACAGUGGGGAUGGGGUGUGGGGUGGACAAGGAGGGUUCCAAAUGCUGCUGUGGGUGCCAUGGGCGGGAGGGAACUGAGCCAGACAGAAGAGCAAGCUCCUGUUCACAGAGCCUCUCUCCCCAUCUCAGAGUCACCUGAGCUGUCCUGGAGGGAUGGCUCCACUGGGCACAGCACGCUGCCUCGGUCUCCCCAGUGCACUGCCUCUUCAGAGCUGUCUGGUCCCUCCACGCCCCUGCACACCAGCAGCCCAGUCCAGGGCAAAGAAAGCACCCGACAGCAAGACACCAGGUCUUCCUCCUUGGCACCAACUCAGAGACUGGGUCCCAGCGAGGACUUGCCCCCUGUUGUCCAGGGAGGCACUGAAAAGGCUCUUGAGCUGCUGGCCAGCAGCAAGCCUGAGCCACCAGACCAUAGCCCUUUCUCCCAGACCUCCCCACCCAGCUCACCCAAUGGCUGGCCUCAGGAAAGGAGCCCAGGGAGUCAUCCCAACAGUGCCAGUCCUCGGGGCCCCGUGCCAACCACCCUACCUGGACUCCACCAUGCUCCCUGGCGGGGGCCCCCAGACAGCCCCGAUGGCUCCCCCCUUACUCCUGUGCCUACCCAAAUGCCCUGGCUUGUGGCCAGCCCAGAACCACCCCAGAGCUCACCCACCCCUGCCUUCCCAUUGGCUGCCUCCUAUGAUGCCAGUGGGCCCACUCAACCACCACUGCCUGAGAAACGACACCUGCCUGGGUCGGGGCAACAGCCAUCACCAUCAGCCAGAGGCGCCAAUCAACACGUCACCUUUGCACCUCCUCUCCCAGAUGUCACCCAGGCCCCAGAGUACCCUUUACAAGAGAACCAAACCAAUGUCAAGUUCGUCCAGGACACAUCCAAGUUCUGGUACAAGCCGCACCUGUCCCGUGACCAAGCCAUCGCCCUGCUCAAAGACAAAGACCCUGGGGCCUUCCUGAUCAGGGACAGCCAUUCAUUCCAAGGAGCCUAUGGACUAGCCCUCAAGGUGGCUACACCCCCACCCAGCGCCCAGCCCUGGAAAGGGGACCCCUCAGAGCAGCUGGUUCGCCAUUUCCUCAUUGAGACUGGGCCCAAAGGCGUGAAGAUCAAGGGUUGUCCUACUGAGCCCUAUUUUGGCAGCCUCUCUGCCCUGGUCUCUCAACACUCCAUCUCCUCCAUCUCCCUGCCCUGCUGUCUGCGAAUCCCCAGUAAAGAUCCUCUGGAAAAAGCCCCAGAGGCCCCAGUGCCUACGAACAUGAGCACGGCAGCAGACCUCCUGCGGCAGGGAGCAGCCUGCAGUGUGCUCUACCUGACCUCCGUGGAGACAGAGUCACUGACUGGUCCUCAAGCUGUGGCCAAGGCCAGCUCUGCAGCUCUGAGCUGCAGCCCCAACCCAGUACCAGCCAUUGUCCACUUCAAGGUCUCAGCUCAAGGCAUCACACUGACAGACAACCAGAGAAAGCUCUUCUUUCGCCGCCAUUACCCCGUGAACAGCAUCACCUUCUCCAGCACUGACCCCCAGGACCGCAGAUGGACCAACCCGGAUGGAACCACCUCCAAGAUCUUUGGUUUUGUGGCCAAGAAGCCAGGAAGUCCCUGGGAAAAUGUGUGUCACCUCUUUGCGGAGCUUGACCCAGACCAACCAGCAAGUGCCAUAGUCACCUUCAUCACCAAAGUUCUGCUGGGCCAGAGAAAAUGAAGGAAAGCUGAAAGCUCGGAGCCCACAUCAGCACUGCGCUCUCCCAGCACCCACAGCUCUCACUGCCCUGGCCUGGACCCAGGCCCUAGGAGCCGGUGCCACCGUAUCAAAGUGUAAGUGGCACCAGCUUGGGCCACUGUCCUUUUCUGCCCUUGCCUGCUGAGCUAAGUGAGUGGGCCUAUGAGAUGACCUGGCACGUGAGCAGAUGGCAGAGGCAGGUGUGAGGGGUGAAGAGGUAGCAAGAGUGGAGGCCUGGUGGGGAAUGACCCUGCCAGCUCCACCCAGCUGCAGGUCCCAUCAUGGAGGGAGGGAGGGAGAGAAGCGUGGGAACUUUCUGCCUCCCCUCUGAACAGAGACCAGAGUGGGAUCAAAUAAAUAGAGGAAAAAAGAGAGUCUAUUUUUGUGUAAUAAUAAAGAAUUUCUAUAAACUUUU